AUGGCGCCCUCUGUCACUAUCGAUAACGACUCUGAUUUCACCCCGAUCGCCUCCUUCCCAACAAAGGCCUCCUCUUACAACGCCAGAACCCUCCUACUCGCGCCUCCCUCCAUAUCCAGCCACGAAGAAUCCUUACGAAAUGUUCUUGCCUCCCACGAUAGAGCGGUCACGGAUCUGCAGAUGCUCGAUCGCCUCUCUGCGGGGCUUGUCACACUGCCUGACUCAACCUACGACCUGAUCCUUAUUCUCACUGAUGCCGAUGGGACACGAACCGAGUCUGCACAAUUGCUUGGAAGGGAUGUAUUUGGGAGAAUGGUGCAGGCGUUGAAGGCUGGUGGAAAAUUACAAGCGCAAGAUGGGUCUUUUGGUCAAAAUGCCACAGAGCACAGAGAGUCUAUUCUUGCAGGGCUUGUCUUAGAGAGUGGUGGGAUGGUCAAGCCGGAUUACAGUGCAAGUGAGGCUGUGCCUUUGCGGUUGAGGAGGAAGGAUAAAGGCGUUGUUUCUAAUGCUGGGCCCGCGGUGGCGACAACCACCGUGCCGUUGAACAGCAAACGAAAGAGCGUGGAUAUGGUAACGAGCAAGCCAGCUGGUGUUGGGUUUGUAGAUUUCAGUGAUGAUUUUGGGGAUCCUAUGAUUACUGGCGAGGAUGACGACGAUGAGCUUAUUGAUGAGGAUACUCUGCUCACCGAAGAAGAUCUCAAUAGACCUGUCAAUAUCCCACCCGAAUGCGCCCCACGAGUUGGCAAGCGCCGCCGAGCAUGCAAAGACUGCACCUGUGGUCUUGCUGAGAAAAUCGCAGCUGAAGAUGCAACAACACGAGCAAAUGCAGAUGCCCAGCUCCAGACCCUAAAAUUAGGAGCUGAUGACCUUGCUGAGGUAGAUUUCACUGUUCAAGGCAAAGUAGGCUCUUGUGGGAAUUGCAGUCUUGGAGACGCUUUCCGUUGCGAUGGAUGUCCUUACAUCGGCAUGCCUGCUUUCAAGCCUGGUGAGGAGGUCAGGUUGCUCAACAACGAUGUGCAGUUGUAA